UCUCUCUCAGUCUGCGGCACUAAACUAUGUCUUCCCAAUCCUUUUCAAUUCGUCUCUUUUGGAAGCAUACAUCUCUAAAACCACACUGUCAGCAAAGAGCUAGUUGCAAUGGCACAAAUGGCAGAGAAGGACGUGAACACCGCGAGAAGAAGAUUGGCCUCCGUUUCCAACCAUCUCGUUCCGGUUCAUUUGCCUCCCAACUGCGGUUCCAUCGGGUUGCGAAACGCGUCGAUGAACGAUAGCUACCAUCGGAUACAUGGUGCGGUUCCGACUCACGAAGCUGUCUGGGAAAUCGCCUGCGAUGAAUGCGGCAAGGAGUUUCAGUUCACCGACAUUAUCUACGAGAAGGCCGUUGGCGAAGGCAUCGCAAAGAUUACGAUCAAUAGGCCAGAGAGGCGAAAUGCGUUCCGGCCGCUGACAAUUAAGGAACUUAUUUGCGCAUUCAAUGAUGCGAGGGAUGAUAGCUCAGUAGGAGUCAUCAUUCUUACGGGGAAGGGAACCAAGGCGUUUUGUAGUGGCGGUGACCAGGCACUGAGAACUACAGAUGGUUAUGCUGAUCAUGAAAAUUUUGGUCGGCUUAAUGUUUUAGACCUGCAGGUACAGAUUCGUCGUCUUCCAAAGCCAGUGAUAGCAAUGGUGGCGGGUUAUGCCGUCGGUGGAGGACAUGUAUUACACAUGGUCUGCGAUCUAACCAUUGCAGCAGAUAAUGCUAUUUUUGGUCAAACUGGUCCUAAGGUUGGAAGCUUUGAUGCUGGUUAUGGAAGUUCCAUCAUGUCCCGUUUGAUUGGCCCUAAAAAAGCGCGUGAAAUGUGGUUUUUGGCAAGGUUCUACACAGCUUCUGAAGCAGAGAAAAUGGGACUCGUAAACACUGUUGUACCGCUAGAGAGUUUAGAGCAAGAAACAAUUCAAUGGAGCCGAGAGAUCCUAAGAAACAGCCCAACUGCAAUUCGGGUGCUCAAGUCAGCUCUAAAUGCAGUUGAUGAUGGCCAUGCUGGGCUCCAGGAACUUGGUGGUAAUGCUACGCUCAUAUUUUAUGGCACUGACGAAGGUAACGAGGGAAAGACAGCAUAUAUGCAACGUAGACGCCCGAAUUUCUCAAAAUUUCCUCGGCGACCUUAAUGUUGUACAAUUCCUUUUCUUAGUUGCAGAUCAUGCCAUUUGGGAAGUAAUUUGAGAUCAUGCCUUGUAGUUCUCUGCAUGUUUUAUUUUGUGGUCGGUACUGAUUUUUCUUGUAAUUAAAGAGAUGAACCUCCAUGGCUCCAUUCAAACAAAAGGUCAAGACUAUGGCAAGAUAAUUCUUUUCAAAAC